AUUACUGUUUGUGUUUGCUGGAUAAUAACAAAUGUAAUAACAAUUCAUAUAUAUCUUAAUUGUGAAGAAAGAUUGAUACCUUGUGAAUAAAGAAUUUUAUAUAUCUAUAUAAACAAAACUAUUUUUCAGGUUAUUUGUUGAAGAAAAAUCUUACAAGAUGAAACAAGAAGAUAUAAUAUUUAUACUAUUGAUUUUGAAUACAGAUUUAAUAGUAUUACGGAGGAAAAGAUCUCAAAAGUGGUUGAAUCGUCAGUGGUGGGUCCGACCUAUUAAUCAUAGGCGUCUUAAUCUGGGAGAUUUCUGUCAUUUAUUUCAAGAAAUGAAAAGUGAUCCACAAAUGUUCUUUCGAUAUACGAGGAUGACAUUUCCAAUUUUCAAUAAACUAUUAGAAAAGGCAAAACCAUUUUUAACUAAAAAAAGUCAUAGAGCUUUAGUACCGGAAGAACGUCUUGCUAUAACGCUUAGAUAUCUUGCAACUGGGGACCAAGUAUUAUCAAUCGCCUUGGCUUAUCGUAUAGGGGAGUCAACAGCAUAUAAGAUCAUAAAAGAAACAUGUGACGUCUUAAUAAAAAUAUUAGUACCUGAUUAUCUUCGACCUCCAGUACAAGAAAAAUGGAUUAAAAUCUGCCAUGGCUUUUGGAAAGAUUGGAACUUUCCAAAUUGUGUAGGAGCCAUAGAUGGCAAACAUAUUCAGAUACAAGCUCCGCCAAACUCUGGGAGUUUGUACUAUAACUAUAAAAAGACUUUUAGUAUCGUACUGAUGGCAGUCUGUGAUCACAAUUAUAAAUUUACUCUGAUUUGCAGUAGUAGCAGUGAAUAG